GACAAGUGACAUUCAUCCACGUCCUCUCUCCUUCUCUCUUCUUCUUCAAUGACAAAACCACCGCCAUUACUAUCGCCGGGAAGAUCACGGCCACCGGCGCCAUCGCCGACAACCGAAAAACACUUUUCAUCACUAAGAGGCAUUAACCCCAUAAUAGAACUAACCAAUAAGCUCUUCUCUCCCACCUUUUCUUCUUCUUUAAGGAUCCGGAGCUCUAUUGUUUUCGCUUAUGGGUUCGGCCUCUGCUUCGCCAUUGUUCUAUGCAUUCUCUUAUUCGUCUUCAACACCUACCACUCUCCCCUUCUACUCAAACCCAGAUCUCAUAAACUCUCUUCUCUUCAAUCCCCAAUCGCCACCGAAGAAUCUCACCACCCAACCCUUCCAUUUUCCCUCAACAACGAGAAAUUAUAUUCCAUGAAGAUGGGGGCUCCCUCUGCUUUUAGUAACGAGAUAUUCAACAACCCAAUUGCAGACGAGAAAGAGAAUGGAAAAAAUGGAGAAAUUCGGUUGGAUCUGAUGAAGAAAUGCAAUAUGUAUAACGGGAAUUGGGUUAGAGAUGAUGAUGAUGAUUUAUACCCACUUUAUCCAGCUGGAAGUUGUCCAUACAUUGAUGAACAAUUCAACUGUUAUCUUAAUGGUAGAAGAGAUAAUGGGUAUGAGAAACUCAGGUGGCAGCCCAACGGCUGCAACAUUCCAAGGUUGAAUGGUAAGAAGAUGUUGAAGUUAUUAAAGGGAAAGAGAUUGGUGUAUGUUGGUGAUUCUCUAAACAGGAAUAUGUGGGAAUCAAUGGUUUGUAUCUUAAGAAAUUCUGUGGAGGAUAAAAGCAAAGUGUUUGAAGCUUCUGGUAGAAACGAAUUCCGAUCGGAGGGUUGGUACUCUUUCGUGUUUGCCGAUUACAACUGCUCCGUUGAGUUUUUUAAAUCUACAUUUUUGGUUCAAGAAUGGGAAUCAAAAGGAAUAGACGGUUCCAAGAAGCUAACACUUCGUCUCGACAUAUUAGAAAGAUCAUCCGAUAGCUAUAGAGGUGCAGAUAUUCUGGUUUUCAAUACGGGUCAUUGGUGGACUCGUCGGAGAACAUCAAGAGGGAAAGGUUAUUUUCAAGAAGGCAGCAUUGUCUAUAACAAGUUGAAUAUAAGAACCGCAUUUGCUAAAGCAAUGAAGACAUGGACGAAUUGGGUCGACACCAAUGUAGAUCCCACCAAGAGUACGGUUUUCUUUAGGGGAUAUUCCCCGGCUCAUUUCAGGGGUGGAAAGUGGGAUUCAGGUGGAAAAUGCGAUAAAGAAACAGAACCAAUAAAGAAUGAAUCGAGUCUUUCUGAAUAUCCAUUAAAAAUGAGAAUUCUGGAGCAAGUUAUUGAACAGAUGAAGACUCCUAUUGUUUAUUUGAAUAUUUCGACUAUGACUGAUUAUCGUAAAGAUGCACAUCCAUCGAUUUACAGGAAGAGUAAUGUUUCGACAACAGCAGAAGAAAUUAGGUUAUCCAUGAUAAACCAAGAUUGUAGCCAUUGGUGCUUACCGGGUGUUCCUGAUGUUUGGAAUGAACUCAUAUAUGCUCACCUCUUGAUAAAGCAUUAUGACUCAUGAGUAACAAAAACACAAACAAUACCUAGCAAAUGAAGGUCUGUUUCGAUUUUCGAAAACAACAAUGGAAUCGAUUGAUACUAUUUAGAAUUGUAAUAUUCUUAGUGAAUUCUCCAUACGUGAUGUAUGUAUGGAUUAAGUUUAUUAGUUGGA